AUGCCACGGGACCUGCAAGCAUUGGCCGCUAACCGCGCUAUAAAGGAACUUGGCAAAGCUAUCGGGGACAGUGGCCUGCUCAACCACUGCCCAGAGUGUUUCCAGUGGGUGUCGAAGCCUUCAUACCUCACGCGACAUGCGGUCAAGAUGCAUGCAGCGGUCCGUGAGUGCCAGGAUGCAGUGCAGUUUUGGGCCCAAAGCCGAUUAGGCCUGAGCAAGCCCUGCCAGUGGUGUGGCGACAACACCUUCACCCGAUUGGGUGCGCAUCUCAAGAAAAGCUCCAUGGCCGACCUGUCAGAGGCGAUGCAAGAAGCCCGAGCCGAGUUCGACAUGUUCGGAGCCUACAUGCAGACACCCAGUGCAUUGCUGAAGAAGGAAGAGGGCAACACGGCCCCUCCGACAACAGCAGGGCAGGUAGCAGCGGCCCCUCCGGCCAAGUGGGCCAAGGGAGAGGCGAAGGGCGAGAAGAACGACGAGGCCCAGACAGGCAAAGGUCGGGCGACGGAAGCAGCCCCGCGGCCACCGCAGCAGGCGACCCCUGCACCGGUUCCGGGCUCGACAUCCCCGAAUCAGACUGGGAAUCCAGGGCAGCAGCGGGGCCCGCAGCAACGGCAGCAGCUAGCCAGCUGGAAGCGGCCGGAUGGCUAUCGCCAGUGGCCCAACCGCUACAACACCGCGAGGGCUAAUGGGAAAGCAAGGUUGACCUUGCGGAUCGAGGAUGCUGUCGGAGUGAUUCAGCUCGACAGCGAGUUCAUAUUUUUCCUCCAAACGGAGGCAGCCGGCAACCGGUGGGCAAUCAACCGGUCGGCAGUCACCCAGCAGCUGUACGCCACUGCAGUCCAGUGGCACAAGCAGAAAGAGGAAAAUCCGGAGUCCCUCACGAUUCCGAUGAGGAACAUCCUGCUGUACAACCUGUACAAUGCCCUCCUCAUGAAGCUGGAAGCCCUGGAAGUGGACCAAGAGCUGAUGGACACGGCAAAGGCCAGAGGUCUCAUCGAGGACGACGUAUCUGUGUUUGCAAUGGGAUCCGGCGACUCGGCGCCACGUGCGGGCCUCGAUGCAGCCGGUGGAGCACGCAGAUAUGGUCCAGAUGGUAAAGACAACCUCAACGGGGAUAUUAUCCCCUUUUCCCUCGUUGCCCAGAACAG